UGACCGCUUUUAGGAAGCGAGUAUAUCGCACUCGAGCUCGACCGGAGUGUUGGUUAGGCGCGCAGGGGAGGCUCUGACAAACUUCCCACUCGGAUACCACCGCGUCUUUCUCCUUAAAUCGGUCUAUGUUCUGCUAUUUUAAUGCGUCCUGACUUAAACUCGCUUUUUAUGAAGGAUACUUCCCUCACGGCGUCGUCAACAUGGCCGCGGUUGACAAAAAUAAUGUCAUUCACGGCUCCUCCGAAGGGGAUAGGUUGCUGUCUCCAGUGACUCGCUAUGGUUCCCACGAAUGCAACAAUGACCACAGCAACCGAAGGUUGUCCCCUACGACAGGAACCUGGGUGACUGUGGACCAAGAGGAGGAAGCCUUGCGCAGGAAGCUGAAAUAUUUCUUUAUGAGCCCUUGUGAUAAGUUCCAUGCCAAAGGCCGGAAGCCAUAUAAACUGGCCCUGCAGCUCAUAAAGAUCAUCAUUGUCACAAUACAGCUGGUGAUGUUUGGUCUAAGUAACCAGAUGGUUGUGACAUUUAAAGAAGAGAACACAGCUUCAUUUAAACAUCUGUUCCUCAAAGGCUAUGAUGGCGCGAGUGAUGCACUGGCAGUGUACACACAGAGUGAUGUCUAUGACUGCAUCUACUAUGCAAUAAAGCAGUACCUGGCCUUGCCGGACACCACCGUGGGCCGCUAUGCGUACGUUUAUGGAGUGGGAGUCAAUGGCAGCGCUCUGUCUCUUUGCCAGCAGUAUUAUAAAAAGGGCUGGAUAGACCCUGCCAACGACACCUUCUUUAUAGACCCCCAUAUUGUGACAGACUGUGUAGGGGUCACCCCACUUGCCACACCUCCAGAAGCUUUAGGAAAUGACUACAAAAACUUUACCCUCAAAUUUCACAAGCUCAUCAAUGUGACGAUACAGUUUCAGCUUAAGGCUAUAAAUCUUCAGACAAUCAUAAACAAUGAGAUACCGGACUGCUACACUUUUGUAAUCACGAUAGUGCUGGACAACAAGGCUCACAGCGGCAAAGUAAAGGUCAGUCUGGAUAAUGAGGUCACUAUCAAGGAAUGCCGAGACCACAGCGUGUCUGGCCAUGCGGAGAACUAUACUCGGGUGGCGUUUGAUGUGAUGGUAGCAGUGGUAUGUGCACUGUCUCUGCUGCUGUGUAGCCGCUCCAUCGUCAGAGGAAUCCUCCUUCAGCUUGAGUUUGUGCACUUCUUUAAGGACACCCUGAAUCGUAGAGUGUCUUGGGGAGACCGAAUGGAGUUCAUUAAUGGCUGGUACAUCCUCCUAAUCAUCAGUGACCUGCUUACCAUCACUGGCUCAUUCAUCAAGAUCGGCAUCGAGUCAAAGAAUAUCGCAUCUUAUGACAUAUGUGGGAUUCUUUUGGGAACCUCAACACUUUUGGUCUGGGUGGGGGUCAUUCGCUACCUCAGCUUUUUUCAGAAGUACAAUAUUCUGAUCGUGACGUUGCGGGCUGCAUUUCCAAACGUGAUCCGAUUCUGCUGCUGUGUGGCAGUCAUUUACCUGGGCUACUGCUUCUGCGGAUGGAUUGUUUUGGGGCCCUAUCAUGUCAAGUUCCGAUCUUUGUCCAUGGUGUCGGAGUGCCUGUUCUCUCUGAUAAAUGGAGAUGACAUGUUUGUCACCUUUAGUGGCAUGCAGGAGAGCAGCACACUGGUGUGGGUCUUCAGCCAGGUGUACCUUUAUACCUUCAUCUCUCUGUUCAUCUACAUGGUGCUCUCGCUCUUCAUUGCCCUCAUCACUGGCGCUUAUGAGACCAUUAAGCACCAAACUCAGGAGCCCAUGCACAUCACGGAUCUACACGCGUUCAUUGCUGAGUGCAAAGACACGCCCAACUCUGGAAAAUUCCGUGGCCUGGAAACCUCGCCAUGCUCUUUCUUCUGCUGCUGUGACAGGACCACCACCUAUGAAGACGUGUUACUGGUGAACUAGUCUCAGAACUUCACUCUGCUGCCCUCUGAUGGCGACACCGGAACUGCACCUGCAUUUAUUGUUAUCAGCGGCCUUGCACUCCAACAAACACUCACUCCGACAGACAUACAGCUGCACAUUCUCUCUCUUCACAUGCUGAAGAUACAAAGGACACAAGACAUUUUUCUGCUCAGUGUGACUGAAGAAAAGUGAAUCCCACUUUGUUUACUAGGCUUCCCAGAAUCUUUCCAUGGUUUUCACAGAGCAAGCUCUUUGGUUUUAACAGUGGUUUUAACAACAGAGGGUGGAAAAUGACCAUUUUUGGGGCAAAAGAAAAGAAGGCUUGUAGGCAUCCUCCCAUAUCUAACCAGUCUCUAACCAUGCUGGGCUCUCGGUGAAAAAGAUUUCUUAAAGUAAGUGGUUUUUGAUGUGUAGCUGUCAUUGGUUUUAUUGUAUAUCAUGAUUUUAGUGUUCCAUGGUACAUGUUUAUGUUCUGCUAAUGGUCUUUUAACAUUAUGUUUUAAAUUUAAUGAGUAAUAACUGCCUCAGUGUUUUGAAGAAAAAAAGAGAACUGAUCCUUGCCUACCCCACAAUGACAUGGCACUUAUCAGGCUGCAGUGUCAACAACAUUGUUCCCUAGAAGACAAAGCAAACCACUUUUCACCCCAGACAUAGUGUUCGGUGUCUUGUCUGUUUGAGCGAUGCACUUACCACAUGCUAUGCUUACCAUUUUCAAUUGAUAGUCACCACUGAAAGCAGUUUAGUCCAGGACUAGGCUUAAUCUAUGUCAAGCAGACAUCACUGCUGAGUAUGUAUACAAACUCAGUAGUGAAAAGCAGAAGGUCUGACAUUUUUGAGCUAAGUGUGAAUUGACUGCAUCCCAAUUGGUUCCACAAAACUUGCUCAGAACCUGGCUGAGCUUUAAUAGAGACCAGCAUAUGAAGACUAUAAAUGUUUCACUGGACCACUAGAGAUGGUUCUUUUACAUGCUUUGGGACACUGAACUAAAGCGAUGACACAGUGCAUAUUGAGGUCAGACGAUUCCAGUUGUUCUGGAAUGUUCUCAAGCUCCAGUCAUCACAUCCUGGAUAAUUGAGCAGUGAUCUCUUCAGUCAUGGUGCUCUUUGAUGUAAACUGGCUCAUUAGGCUGCAGUGCUGCAAUUCUGUAGGAUCCAGAACAAUAGAAUUCCUUAAUCAUGUGUGACAGCGGUUGACCUACAUCAGGAGCAGCUCUGGAUGGUAAACACAUUUGCCUUGUUUUGGAGUUUUGAGAAGUUUCCUCAGCCUCUUGGACCACUGACACUGGCAUUGACUUUAUUUGAUGGACCCCAGAACUGAUGCAUUUGAGUGCCAUUAAAAACCCAAGCCUCAUUGAGGAAAGCUAAACAAUCACAGAUCGAUGUAAUGGAAUCAGACAGACUUAAGCAGUUGUUGAAAUAGAACACUUUUUGACUUUUUUGUCCAAGUCAAUCACAAUGUACAGAAGUUUAAUUUAUUGUUGUCUGUUUCGUAAUAUUUUUGUGUCUGUACUGAAUUUAAAGCGCACAAUAAGUAAACCUUCUUUCAAGUUAAUUUUUUCACAGUUUUUGAGAGAGCUUACAUUCACCUUGAGUGCUGACAUAGAAGCAGUUUUCUUUUUUAAAAAUUCUGAGCCCUAAUCGUUGCAGGAGGAAGAGGAAACUAUUCAUGGAUCAGUGAUCAAAGGCUAGAAUGAAAGCUUGCCAUUCACCACACAGAUGUAAAGGAAUGGCUCACUGAAAAAUCUGAUUUACUCAAUGCCUCCCCCAGUCCCUAACGUAAUCAAUGGGCCAAGACAUGUUUGCUUUUUCACUUUUGCACUGGAGUAUAAAGUCAUUGUAGCUAAUAAGUAAUGGAAGUCUGUGUCUACUCAAAACUUUUGGGUGACUUUGACUUCUGUUACAUUAGCCAUGUAGCUCAGCUAUAAAACUAAAGAAGAAAACUUAAGACACCAAGCAUGUCUUGGCAGAUCAGCUAGAAUUGGGUUAUGGGGAAAUUCUGUAAACUUGAUCUUUCAGUGAUCUCUUCCUUUAAAAACGCAUGGCCAGGUCACAUCCAAUGGAUGUACUUGAAUGAAACGUAACCUAUGUAACCUAUUUAUGGUGUAUGUAACAUUUAUAUGUUAAAUUCUAAAAUGUUCAUUAUAUCACUGUGGCAUGGUUUUCUGACCAAGGUGUAGUCCUGUCACUAGUGUGUGGUGAACAGGCGAACAGACAUGUUUACUGGAAGAGGAUUUUUAAAAACAGAUUUUAAAGCAGACCAUUUUUUGUUACAGGGUAUCAUUCACAGUUUUGCCUCUGUUUUGUUACUGUAGAUUUGUCCAUGUUGGUACAUGUUCAAUACAGAUUUUCUGAAGUCUUUAA